AGUGUUAAGCCAACGUUCAAGAAAACGCGCAACUCUCUCGGUCCCAACUUCCCAAGUCUCUCUUCUUCCUCUCCCUCCCUCUCUCUCUCUCUCUCUCUCUCUACACAUGCCUUUCCCUCCUCCCUCGCCGACGUCCUUGUUCCUUCCCCCACCCAACUCGCCCAUGAAUUCUCCACAAAUCCCACCUCUCUAAAUCCCCAAAAUCCAAUCCAGGAAUCGUUUUCGAAUCCGGAUUUUCUCCCCAAAAGAAGCUUCUUUCCCUGCGGGGUCCAAAUAAUCCAGAUCUCAGAAGCUUCAAAUUUUCGGACCACCAAUCCAAACUCCAAAUAUUGAAUCUUUGGAUUGGUUUCAAUCUCGAUUCCGACCCCAAAGAUUCCUGCUUUCUUUAAUUUCAUAUGGAUCUUCACAUAAAUCCAAGAGCCGUUCUGGGUUGUUUUCUGAUUUUCUCCACAUUUUUUCCAGAUGCGUCGGCAAAUUUCGUGCUCUCCGUCAGCCACAAGUUCAACGGCCGUGACGGGCGGUCGUUGAGCGAGCUCAAAGCCCACGAUUCCCUCCGCCGCGGCCGGAUUCUCGCCGGCUCUGCUUCUGCGGUGGAUGUACAGCUGGGCGGCAAUGGCCGUCCGUCAGAGACCGGAUUAUACUUUGCCAAGCUCGGGAUUGGGUCGCCGUCCAAGGACUAUUUUGUCCAGGUGGAUACAGGGAGUGACAUCCUGUGGGUCAAUUGCAUCGACUGCACAAACUGUCCAAAGAAAAGUGAUAUUGGCGUGAAGCUCACAUUGUAUGAUCCGAAAGGCUCUUCGAGUUCGAAUGCUGUUACUUGUAAUCAGGAGUUUUGCACGUCAAAAUACAACGGUCAGCUUCCGGGCUGCCGGCCGGACUUGCUCUGCCAAUACGACGUGACUUAUGGCGACGGAAGUGCGACGGCAGGAUACUUUGUGAAGGACACUAUUCAAUUUGAUAAGGGGACUAAUGGCAGUGUUGUGUUUGGUUGCGGAGCUAAGCAAUCAGGGCAGCUGGGCAAGUCAUCCGAGGCGCUUGAUGGGAUUCUAGGAUUCGGGCAGGCGAAUUCGUCUGUGUUUUCCCAGCUGGCUGCUUCCGGGAAGGUGAAGAAACAAUUUGCACAUUGUUUGGACAAUGUUGGCGGAGGCGGGAUAUUCGCCAUUGGCGAAGUUGUGGAGCCAAAAGUGAAGAACAGAACUCCGUUGGUGCAGGGGCAGGCGCAUUACAAUGUUGUAAUGGAGGCAAUUGAGGUGGGAGGUGAUGUCCUGCAGCUCGCCUCUGAUGCUUUCGACACGGGGUCAAACGCAGGGACGAUCAUCGACAGCGGAACAACCCUAGGCUAUCUCCCGGAGGAGGUUUUCGACGCAGUGAUGAAGAAGAUUUUAGCCAAGCAACCAGACUUGAAAUUGCACACAGUUGACGACCAGUUCACAUGCUUCCAAUUUUCCAACAAUGUAGACAAGGGAUUUCCAUUGGUGAAGUUCCACUUCAAGAAUUCGGCUUCCCUGACGGUUUAUCCCCAUGACUAUCUGUUCCAGCUGAAGGAAGAUGUGUGGUGUUCCGGCUGGCAGAGCAGCGGGUUGAAAUCGAAAAGCGGAGACUCCAUGACGCUUCUUGGUGAUUUGGUGCUGUCGAACAAGCUGGUGAUUUAUGAUCUGGAGAAUCAGAUGAUCGGAUGGGCCGACCACAACUGCUCAUCAAGCAUCAAGGUGCGGAAUGAGAAGACAGGAGGGGUAGAUACAAUUGGUGCUCACAAUCUUUCUUCAGCUUCCACUUCUACAACUGGGAGAUUAUUAUUGACAUUCUUCUUGUUAAUAUCUGCUGUGUUUUAGAUUUUUACUGCAACAAAGUGGCCAGCAUUCAUUCUUUUUUGUUGCAUCAUAAAUUUUAUCAAUGAAAUUGUGGGAUUUUACAUCCAUA